AUGCGUCGGCAUUUCCUCUUCGCCGAGGACGAGGAGGAACGCAGUGUCGGUGUAGGUAAAGAAAACCUGCUUCGAUUAUGGUUUAAUCGCCGAAAUGCUAUGCUGGAAGGCGACGAAUCUGCCACUGAAGGUGAAGCGAACGCGUUGGUAGCACGAGAAUUGACACAACUCUGGGAUUUGGCCAAGCCUAUGGAUUCCUGUACUUUAAAUCGCGAGGGAUACGUCGGAUUAUUCGCACGAGCUGCGAAAGCAAUUGUACUUCCAUUAUCAACUGAUGCACUUGCAAUUGCUGCAGCACAACGAGACUGGGAAUACGAUUUGGAAGGUGUCGGAGGUAUCGGUGAAUCCUCGAAAACGUCACCAAUCGACAACGAAGUUAUGUCACCUGAACAAUUCCGCGAGGCUGUUAUGCAGCUCGCAGAAAUUAUUCUACCCGUUGAAAGUCCCGUCGGGGUGUUUGCAAAUUUCUUUAAGGAACUACGGAACUCUAUCGCGGAACUUGUCGUGUCCUACUCUACUAGCGAACCGGAGCAAGAUGAGACCAAAUUGGUUGAGCCAGUCGAUCGCUUCACGUUGAGACCAUUGAAUCGGAUCUCGAAAAUUGCGAACGAGUUUCUGCAAAAGCUACCGCCUUCAAGUGAUACGUUGCGAAAUAUUCGAGGGCUGCAACCUCCGGAUCAACGAGAAAUGUCGCUCAAACAACUCCUUGUGUGCUAUAACCCACGUAAAUUUUCGCUCACUCGUGCUUUUAUUAAGAAGACCAACGUUGGUGUUAAUGGGAAUGUUGCCGAUGCAGCUGAGACAGCUAAGACGGAUGUAGCAGAUAUGUCCCCACCCCAUGAUAUGGAAAUUGCACGACGAUUACAUGAGGAGCUUGUGGGGUAUAUAGGCUCAGGAGCAACUCCUGUUCGGAAUAAUAAACUUCACCGUGAGUCUGCAGCGCACUGGGAUUCUGAAGAUGCACUCAUUGCCGCUCUUACCGAGUUUCCUGCGCUGAGAUUUGCUGUUGUUGGCCCACCUGGAAGUGGCAAAACUCGACUAGCCCGUGUACUAGCACGAAAACUUGAAUUGAAGUAUCUGUCACUUGAUGGAGCUGUGCAACGUGCUGUCGAUCAUAAGCUUCGCUCGCGUCGGCGCCGAACACCUAUUGCUAUGCCUGCAGAAGACGACUCAAAUGUCGAAACUGUUCCACCAGAGACAACAGAAGGAGGCGAGAAAGUUGAGAUUGACAACGCCGACGGAGAUCAAGAAAUGGAUCAGAUUUUCACAGAUGAAGACCUUGAUGCACUUUGUGCCGGACGAACAGUACCUCGAAGCACAGCACUUGCUGUACUACGAAUAGAAGCCACGCGUUUGUUGCUCGCCGGCGUUGGGGUGGUGAUGGAUGACAUAUAUCCGGACGAACUGUCAACUUCAGACAACCAAGAUCGCAGCAUAGCAGUAGACUAUUUGGUGGCACUCACAGCGUUACCCAGUGAACUGGAAUACCAGCUCAAAGGCUCUGAGUUGGCUCCUGUAGCUGGUCGUUUGUACUCAGUCCGGGAGCUUGCCACUCUGAGAACGACAAGUAGCGAGGAUUUGGCUGCCAAAGGCUUUGCAGAUUCUCUCUUGCCUCCGAAGACACUGGAAGCAGAAGCAGAGAAGUUGCAAGAACCUAUUGUAGUUACUAAAAAUAUUGAGGCUGAUCCGAACAGUGAAGAUCAGGACGUCGAGGCUUCUCCAGAGGAAAUCGAAGACAGCGGCCUUGUUCCACCAUACGAACCUGAUCUGCCACCGGAACCAACUGCUGCAGAACGCAAUGAGAUUGAUACACCGAAUGAGCCCACCUUACCAUUCGGUUCAUUUAGUGCACUAAAAUGUAUCAAGAAAUAUCAUGGGUACGUGAUACGUAUGCAGCGCGAACUCGCGAUGCGCCGAGCUGGUAACCAGUCGAACUGUCAUUUGGUGGUGGUGUUGGCAACUCAAUCUCUCAACGUAAUCCGAGACCACUGCAUCCAGGCGAUCACGGGGACUUUGCUUGGUUUGUCGCGGUUCAGCAUCCCACGAGAAGCUUGUCCAAUAUCCCUGCCUGACGAUCUGACCGGUUCUAGCCGAAGUGAAAAACUGAAGUGGCUGUUGUAUGGAGACUGGAGUACACUUCUUGAAGCCGAAUCAAGCGAGUCAUUUGCACGGCUGCCUAGACGUGACGCAAAACGCAGACUGCUAUCAAAGUGGCGUGAGUUUUGUCCCGUUCUGUCGACUUCUACCAACACUCUGCGGCUAGGCGAGCCAGAGUUUGCUGCAUGUUACUCUGGUCGAGUCUAUUUUUUCUCAUCACAACACACACGACGCGAUUUCUGUGCACAUCCACUGCAGUAUUUGCGCCGAGAUAUACCAGUUGCAUCCGCGCAUCGAAAGUUUUGGCUCGUCACGACCGGCGCUAGCGAAAUCAUGACACCUUCAUACCUCGAGACACUAGAGACUGGACUCCAAGUGCAGACUGUGUCUCCUUCGAAAUUGGUCAAGACUUCAUCCAUUUCCUUGGAAAUGCGACUUAUGAGUGGACAAAUUGUCUCCUCUGUUGAAGCUGCAACAGCAGCCGCUGAAGCUGUCAAGGCAUUGCUAGCCAAAUCUAACACGACAACAGGGUGGAUGAUCGCAGAUCUGCCUCUCAUUCGGAGCGUCGCUGCUGUUCUACUGGAACAUGGAUGUGUACCCGACGUAAUUUUGUUGUUGGACAGAGAAAUCGCUGCUCAAGAGGAAGAAGUUAAAAGUACCGACGCUCUUGAUGCUUUAUCAGUACUUCGACGUCAGCAAUUUGAGGCUGAGAAAUCUAGUGCUGACGAUAUCUCACAAGGUCUUGGUAGUGUGCCUCGCGUCAUUACAUGUCCGUUGUUCAGCCAACCUUGUGACACGUUAGCAGCAAUCGAUCGUGAACUAAACCCAAUUGCACCACGCUUGGAUAGUAUCGAAGAUGGCCAUGCUCCACAGCUCGUUGACGAGUACGAUCCAACCGUGAUAUUUGCCCCACCAGUUCCCCAAAAGGAUGAAGAAAAACAAGAAAAGAAAUUGUCACAAGACGGAGAGACACCAAAUCCUGAGGCCGAAAUGCAAGCCGGAGCAGCACGGAAUAGAGCGCUUCAGCUUCAGGGAGAGUGUGGACGAUUCUGUCCUGUGUCAUGGCGUACACGCGGCCUGUUGAUACCUGGUUUGCCAUCUCAUGUUCGUUCAUUUCGACAGAAAUUCUACGCAUUUGCUGGUGAAUCUGAGCGCCGCGCUUUCGAGCGAAACCCAAGCGCUUUCAUUCCAGAUAGCUCCUGUGCAACUGCGAACUUCGUGCCUUGUGUGCUGCUACUUGGUGUUCGAGGCUCCGGGCGUGGUGGAAUCGCUGCAGCACUAUCUCAACCACAAAUGGAAGACAUCAAUUCCUCUGCACAGUACGUCAAUGUCGACUUGACUGCAGUUGCAAGAAUUGCUGAACGCAACCAACAGCUACAAGAUCUCAAACCGGAAGAAUCACGCUUGACGGUCGAAGAAAUCUUUGUCCAAGCGCUCCAACCGGAGCUUCAACGACACCAGCUAAACCGUGAUAAACCAGUAGCACAAGUUAUCGCCGGACUGGGACCAGAAGAUUCACGCAUUCCAAACGCUGCAACUUUAGAGGUGUGUUUCAAGAACGGUCUCUUUCCAGCCCUUGUUCUUCCUUUGACGGUAUCGGAGGAGGAUGCUGUCAACAAUUUGUUGACGCGAUGGGCUGCCAAUCUGCCGGCACCUCGUCGAAAGCUUGCUAUUAGCCGAAAAAAGGAGGUAAAUGGCGAAGCUGACGACGAUGUCGCCCCUCCAGAAGAAGCUGAAGAAGAAGAACCGAUCAACUUGGAAGCCGCGCGAGAAGAAGAAAGCACUCGAUUGCACGAACAAUUCACUGAAGACCAGAAAUCGUUGGACGAGGCUAUCGCUGGACUUCGAGCUCGAGGUGUCAGAGUAUGCGAUCCGGUGGAUGCGACCAGUGCACCAAGACAAGUGGUCAAACAUGUGAGACGGAUUCUUGAUGAGUUCAUGGUUGGACGAGAGUCACUAUUUGAGCGCUGCGAAGUUCUGGACAUGACGGCGGGAGGCAAAAUGUAUCAGAUGUUAGCGUCAGGAGAACUUCUUGUCGGUAAGCACGGCAUUGCUUGUCCUGUUACUGGACGUACGGAUUCAUUAUCGACCACCACGAUGAAAGCGAUUGUGUAUCGAGACCAGCUUUACUUCCCGAGAUCACGUGAAGCCCGUCGUGCUUUUAUGGCUUGUCCGUCAAGAUACUUGGAUAAAAUCAGUCUUCCACCAAGACAUCAGUCGACUUGUUGUGUGGUUGGUCCUCCAUAUUCAGGCAAGACUCGAGUGGCGCAAGAACUCUCCAACGCACUCGGAUUGAUCUACGUGUCUCCCCAAAGUGCAGUAGAUUGGGUGAUUCAGUGUCAGGGCGGUUCCACGCUACGGGGUCGUUUACUGGAAAUCACAGAGCAGCAACGUGAUCCUCUAACCAACCGUGACAUCAUUCAUGAAGUUAUCUGCACUCGUCUACGCUCCUCCGAGUGUCAAACUCGUGGUUGGAUUCUUGACGGAUAUAUGUUAAACCACCAUGAACUGCAAUGCAGUCUUCUGAUUUCCAACGAGACAGAGAGCAUUCAGCCAGACAUGCUCUUCGUUCUUGAACGUAGCUUCACUAGUGUCUGGCAUGAUCAACACACCAACGUGGAGCGGAGCGAUCUUCGAACUGCAUUUGCACGAUGGCAUCAUUACCGUCUGGAGCUCAUUGACGUCUGGAUUCGACGCUUUGGUGUCUUCCACUUACGUCAACUUGACGGCUCAAGCACCUCGCUCUGGCACGUAGCUGCGCAGGUUCAAGCAUUUCUCACCGAGCAGCAGCAGUUGGCAUCGCAUCACACCAUAGCAAUGGUUUGCAACCGAGCUGCUCGCUCUUUAGGUGUCGUACGUACUCGUGAAGAGCUUCGAUCGCGUCAGCACCCUAUCUUCCGGACAUUCUGUCCUGUAGAGCUGCAUGCCGGGAGAUUUUACCAUUCGCGUCAAUCCAAUCGUGACUUGUGCGUAGAUUUCCGCGGCUUCAGUUUCUGGCUCGGAGAUGAACAAAAUAUGCAACAAUUCGUGGCGAGUCCUGAGGCUUUUGUCGGAUACUUAGCAGACCAAACACCAGACGAAUCAUGGACGACACAAGAAGAAGCCGAGAGUGAAGCACAGACACUUGUGGCUAGAGCUCCAGUAAACGCUUCACUCUUGAGCUUGCUGACAGUGCCAGACUGCGAUUUUCCGGAGUUGAAAGGCUACUGCCCGGUCACAUUUGCGUCGGGAUCAGGGGCCAAGGACUGGGCUGCACUGCGCCAUGGAGACGUCUUCUUCCGCGCGUCGUACCGCUCUAAGGUCUAUUGCUUCGUCUCGGAGGAAGCACGACGUAAAUUCUGCGCUGAACCAUCUCGAUAUACGUCACAGAGCUUGCCAGUCAAGUUGCCACCCCAGGUGAAACUAGCCAAGAGCUAUCCUGGCCAAUUAGAGCAGCAGCUUGGAGCUGCCCUUAACGAAGUUCUGCUUGCACUGGGUAGUGAACGUCCUAAAUUCCCACAGAUGUCGAUACGUGCUUCGGCUUGUGCGUAUCUUGCACUCUCGCUCAAGGCCUUGCAGCGACGCUAUCAAUUGAAGAUGAAGCCUGACCCACGGUCGGCACGCGAUGAAGACGAACCUGAUGAGGAGCAGAAGAAAAGACAGCAACGACGAGAAGAGCAGGCGGAACAAGAGGCGAUUGCAAAGCGAGAUGCCUUCGUGAGCGACUGCCGACUUGGAGAAAAGCUCAAGGCACUCGCCACUCCUGCACAUCCAUCCUGUGGCUCGGGCGCUAAGGUUGCACGCAACAUGCGCGCUGCACAGGACUCACAAGCCGGCAACAAAGCAGAGAGCACUCAACCUGCACUAGCCAACGAAGACAUCGAGGUGCUUCGUCAUCGACUCGAUGUUAUUGUCUCCGGCACUAGUGACGACAAACCACUGUCAGUAGACCCACACACGGUACGCAUGCACGCCAGAGCAGCGUUCCUCGAGUACACAAAGGCUUCUACUUCUAGCUAG